AGAGCAAAAUGAGUCGUCAAGAUUCGGCACCCGAUGAGCUGUUUGAUCUCAAGGCUUUUUUCUUCACUGGAAACUAUCAGGCAUGUAUUGACGAAGGACAAAAAGUUCGAGUUGUCGGAGAUAAAACAACAGAGCGAGACUUAUUUGUGUUUCGAAGUUACAUUGCGCAAAGUAAAUUUCGAGUAGUACUAGAUGCAAUAAAGCCCAGUGCUGAUGCUAGUCUGAAAGCAAUAAAAAUGUAUUCGGAGUUCAUGGCUGCGAACCCGGAGAGAAAGGGAACGAUAAUAACUCAACUCGAGGAAAUGCUCCAAAAAGAUGCCUCAAACGAUACUUUAGUGUUGGUGACGGCAUCGGCGCUUUUCACUGCUGGAAACCACGAGGCAGCCUUGAGAUGUCUACAUCAAUCGAACGACUUGGAGUGUCUCAACUUGAGUGUCAAAAUUCUAUUGUCCAUCAAUAGAGUUGAUUUGGCUGCAAAAGAGCAAAAGAAGAUGUGCGAAAUGGAUGAAGAUUCCAUUUUGACUCAAUUGGCUACUGCUUGGUUGAAUGUUGCCCGAGGCGGACCCAAAGUACAAGAUGCGUAUCAUAUUUUCCAGGAUCUUCAGGAAAGGUUCCAAAGUACUCCAUUUUUACUUAACAGCGUCGCUGUUUGUCAUUUGAGCCAAGGACGGUUAGAAGAAGCUAUGGAAUGUGUAAAAGAAGCGUACGAUAAAGAUAACAGCAAUGUAGAGACCUUGGUGAACUAUGUAACUGUUCUUAGCUUGUCUGGAAAGAAUGAAAUGGCGAAACGGUACGUAUCCCAACUGCACGAAUCCCACCCGCAACAUCCUAUCGUGUUGGACUGGGUAACGAAAGAGUCUGAGUUUGAUAUGCUCAGCAGCCAGAUUUUGGCGAACCGGGCAAUGUAAAUUAUUAAUAUCACAGACUCAUAGGUGUAAUAUACAUAAAAUGAUACAAAGCGUAUAUUGGUGAAUAAUUUUGGACUUGUUGGUUUUAAAUUGUAAAAUUAAAUGUUAUUGAUCA